AUGGCUGCAGCAAGAAAGAUAGACAGAUUUAAAAGAAGACUGGGCUACCAGUCUUGUUUCAAUAAUUGCUCCAACAAAAUCUGGAUUCUAUGGUCCAAUGAAUAUGUGUUGGAUAUCAUAGAAGACAGAGAACAACAUGUAUUAGUGCACAUCACUGAUACACAUAGGCCUAUAUUCUUCUACAUGACUGUAGUCUAUGCCAAAUGUGAUGAGCAACUGAGAAACCUUCUGUGGGAUGAUCUUAGAGCAACUGCCAGAUUUGGUUUCACAUUGAGUGACAAUAGAGACCCUCCAAACACUAUAUUGAAAAGAUUGGACAGAUUGGUUUACAAUGCUGAAUGGUAUUUCAAGUUUCUGAAUUUCUGGGUGGAGCACGAGGAGAACCUCAAUGUGAUUCAACAGUCCUGGCUUGGAGAAGACAAUGGAACCAAAAAAACUGGAAAUGGAGAUAAGAAGACUAGAAGAAGUCUACCUGAUGACAACAACCAAGGCAACGUGCUCAAAUUAUCCAAAGCUAAGGCAGAAUUCACCAGAUUCCUGAAAUUGCAAGAUAGUGUGCUUAGACAAAAAGCCAGAGUAAGGUGGUUAUCUGAAGGUGAUGAAAACACUGCCUUCUUUCAUGGUUCCAUUCGUGAUAGAAGGAAAAAGUUAUCCAUCAUGAAGAUCAAAGAUUGUAAUGGUAAUUGGGUGGAGGGUACUACUGAGAUAGCUGCUGUUGGAGUAAGGUUCUUUCAGGAUCUUUUCAGCGCUGAUAACACCACUGAAGAUCUUCAAGCCUUGAAUAUUAUUAAAAAGGUCACCAAUGAUGAUGAUAACAACUUCCUGAUGUCCACUCCAUCUACUCAAGAAGUCAAAGACAAUGUCUUAUCUAUUGAUCCUGAUAGUGCACCAGGUCCAGAUGACCUUAGUGGAAGAUUCUAUCAAACUGCUUGGUCUGUGGUUGGUAAUGAUGUUCAUAGAGCAGUGGUGGAUUUUUUCCAUGGAGCUGUCUUACCUAGAUUUUUCCCUCAUACUUGA